AUGACCCUCAUCCAGCAAACAGUAAAGUACUACAAGUGCACUGUGGAAGACAGGGCAUUUCCAUCUUUUUCAACAAUUCCUGGAGGCAACAUCUCCACAAACAGCAGUUUCAUUGCAAUGGACGAGCCUCUUGUCUCUCCCGGUUCCCGCCUUGGAACCGUCUGGAACGUGGCCGUCGAGUGUGCGGGCUCCGGCCCAGCACCUCCGGCUGGGUUCUCAGAACUCCCUGGCGGCCCCGGGGAACAAUGCCUCGGCCGCUGCAACUUGCCGCUGAUCAGGACUGGAUGCCUGGAACCCGUCUGGUGUGGGCUUCGUGCAGUAGUUGGUGUCCCACAAGAAGUUGAGGCAACCUGUAAUGAAGAUGCUUUUCUCCCUUGUAAGGUUUUCCAGGAUCUACAGCUCACAACUGGAACUAUCUCCUGGUAUAAGAUUGAUGAAAACAACAAAGGACUGAAGGAUGUGGAGUAUAAUAAAGAACAUGAAUAUUCAAGAGGAUUUAACGACUCCUUAGAGAUUUCUAAUGGCACCUGGCAUUUUCUGAAGAUUAAGCAUGCUACACACUUAAGUAGUGGAACAUAUAAAUGUAUCUUACUGGAACCAGUCAGGAAAUACAACCAAAGUACAAUUAUACUCAGAAUAAUAGGCUGUCCUGAGGAAUCGCAAAAUCUGAAACUCAAAAAAUACACCACAGAACUUAUGUUGCUGAGCUCUAUUGGGACCUUCUAUUUGUUACUUAUCAUCCUUACUUGUACAUGCUUAAAAGAGAGAAGAUCUUCUGAUCAUCAUAAAUCUGAAAAGCAAACUCUGCCUUUAUAGUACCUGUUGAAAGAAUGGUUUCUAUGACCCAAUAUUGGACAGCAUUGGGAAAGACAAUCUUAUCAGUUAAUUUGGUGGUGCUGUCAAGGCUCUUUCCUGAUAAUUUGGUGGCGCUACAAGAAGCUCGUCAAUAGUGCUAUGUCAUCGAAUAGAUAUUGUCACAAUUCUGUAGGUGAAGGAUAUGACUGCAUAAUUGCCUAACUCAGUCUGGCACUCUUUAGGUUGGCACUACAAGUCCUCACAUUUCAUGACCAGUGAAUAUUUUGUGAUUCAUCAGGAUUAUCAGAUGUAGUUUUCAGAUCUGCACAAAAGUCCAAAUGUCCCUCCCUACCAAUCACUCCAUGCAAUUAUUGGUAGCUUUUAAUUGCACCAGGUUCUGGAUUCCUUCAGUUAUGAUAGUAAGGCAAACAGGAACUAUCACAGAAAGAAAAAACUCAAGCUCAGCAAUUACCCAGUGACUGAAAUCUUAUCAACUGGGAUCUCAAUUCUCUGUAUAGGUUUGAAAUCAUGUCUGGCAAGGCCCUUUGUAUUGUAUCAUAUACUUAGUAAAAGAUAAGAAAAAUUCAGAGAACAUUACAGGUAUUCCUCAUUCAAUGACCGUUCAAAGUUAUGGCACUGAAUAAGAAGACUUACAACUGGUCUUCAUACUUGUGGCCACUGGAGCAUCUCCAUGGUCAAAUGAUUGCUUAUGGCAAUUGGCUUGCAAUUAUAAUGGUUGAAGCAUCCUGUGGUCACCUGGUUGCCAUUUGUGAUCAUCACUGCUGCUUUCCAACAAGUGAAGUCAUUGGGGAAGCCAGCAGAAAUUCUGAAUAGUGAUCACCUGACAUCGUGCCUAAUGACCAUGUGGGAUUUACUUAACUGGAAUUGCCACAACUGCUGUUGUAACUUGACACGUUCAUGUGAUAUUGCACUUUACAACCGUGUUGGAAUGGUUAAUGAUGGAAUUGCCAAUCCCAAUUAUUGUUGUUAAGUGAGGACUAACGUAUUUCAUUUCCUACGAGAUGAAUAUACAUGAUUUUCAUAGUGUUGCUAAGUGUGUCUUGUUUUCUGUUUUUCUUUUUAAUUUACAAAAACAUGCUAUAAUGUUACAUGGUGCUUUAACUUAGCAAAUAAAUAACUGAUUGAACCAUCAGUUUCCAUAUCCAGAUAUAAAAGGAACUGCAGUAUAUAGUUGCAAUUUGAAAUGCAUCUUUCAUGAGCUGGAGAACAGGAGGAAAUAUUACUGAAGUGUUUGAUACAUGUGUACGCUAUGGCACAGUAUUUGUUUGGGUCUGCCAAAUCAACCUGUUACCUACUGAAAUUGCGGUGUUCAGAAAAAUGAUUUCUCGUAAGAACCUUCUCUUAAGAGGAUUAAAUACCUGCAACAGAAUUUAUAUUAAUUAAAAAAGAGACAUUAAUGCACAAACUUCUUGAAUAUCAUUUUCCUGUUACUAAUUUAAGUGCCUUCUCCAUGGCUACAGCUUUGGUAUCAAAAUCAGAACAACUGAAUUUCAUGUUUCGAAUAUGCAUUGAUCACCUGUGUGUGAAAAUAAAGAGCUUUAAUCAUUUCUCCUUUCCAAUUUUAAGCACAGUCAAAGAAUAGCCUGUUGCUUAAUUUAACUCCAACUUGCCUAUCCUUGUACCUUUCACAUGUUCUUGACUUCAUCUCAGUAGGUUGCAGAGCACAGCUGUAGCCCAACCUCUCUGUGUAUGCAUCUGCUUAGGGAAGCUGAUUCAGUCUUACUUGAUCAUAUCCUCUUGUAGAAGCAGAGGGACGUAGCUUUGAGUGGAAGUUACAAAGAAUUAUGUGGCAAACAUUGCCAUAGUGUAGUAAAGCUUUCCCAGCAUGUUGAUUUGAUAAGGUACCAUUCAUCAUCGUCUUUACCAUGGGUUGGUUGCCAAAACAAAAGUGAAAAAGGCAAAACAGACAGCAGAAGGUGGAAAGGGUGGUUUUAUUUUCAGAUGCAUAAACAUGAAAUACAUAAAUGAAAAACAGCAUUGCAAUUCUAUGUAUCAUAUUCAAAAAAUAAAUUUCACUAUAUUCCCUGGGGCUUAUUCUCAUGGAAUGAUGAUGAAGACUGGGUGCUUAUUUGUCAUUUCUUUCUGGUGGAACUAUUGCUAAUAAUUGUUUGAGUAUAAGCUGUAUGAGUUGUAUUUAUCCUUGGUCCAUCGGUAUAAAUUAAUUUAAUAAAAUCAGUUUAAGUGCU